CCCGCUGCGGCCCUCAGGGUCACCUGUCCCCUCACGGGCCUGAGGAGGGGGACACGCCACCCCCUCACGGCGCUGCGGGGUCCUGCCCCGGGACUGCCCCAGCCGCGCUGGGAAGCGGCAUGGAACGAGGAGAAAACGCGAUGGAAGCGGGUCCCAUCGUGACGUCCAAGCAGCGGGAGGAGGUGGUGCACGGCGUCCCCACCGAGGUGGUGUGCACGGCCUUCUCCAACUCCGUGCUCGUGGUGGUCACCCAGUACGGCAAGAUGGGCACCAUCGUCUACGUGGACCCCAACACCAUCGGCGACAACGUGGGCAGGCCCUCGCUCACCACCAAGGUGCUGCUGGGCAAGGAUGAGCCCCUCGUUCAUGUUUGUGCCAAAAACCUGGUGGCGUUCGUGUCACAGGAAGCUGGGAACAAACCUGUUCUUCUCGCCAUGGCUUUAAAGGACAAGACCAUGGAAGGAAUACAGGCUCUACGGGAAGUGAUCCGAAGUUGCCAAGUGUGGUGAAGUUGUGCCAUCUGGAUUCAAGGAAACGAUCUCGAGUCCAUGACUCAUCACCACCUAUUUAAAAGGACCAGAAAUGAAAAUGAUGGAAUGUCUUUGUGGUGGUUCUGGACGUACUGAGGAAUUUGAUGAAUUUUUCUCUACUGUGUAGAAUAUUUGUGAGUUUUGUUACUGGGACGGGUUUGCAGUCCAUAUAGUCAGUGACGGGACAAGAACAAUUGUCUCAAUAUACAAGAGAAGUGUUAUUUUUACUGUGUUGGGUGGGUCAUAUAUUUUGGAAAGGGCUCGGCUCUGCACUUGUGUCCUCAGGAGCUGUAGAUGCCAAGCUCUGUAGCUGCACUGUACCACAAAGGGGGAACACCCAGUGCAGAGGGAAUAAAAGAAACACUGACAAAUCUAA